AUGUCGGGAGGUGCUAGUAACAAUGUUCUAUCCCUCACUACCGACGAGUUGAAAGAGAAGAUUGCCGAGGAAGUUGGUAGGGCCAUCGAAGUUAGUCUACCAAGAUUUGUGGAAAGAAUGCAAAACACCUUACUUUCGACUAUGGAGGAAAGAAUAGGUGAACUAAGAGAAGAUCUUACCAGUGAUAGAGGCAAGACUAAGGAAAAGAAAGGUUGUUCCUACAACAAGUUUAUGGCGUGCAAGCCCCCAAUUUUCAAUGGAGAGGUAGAUCCAAUUGCUUGUCAAAGGUGGAUAAGCGAUAUUGAGGGUGUUUUUGAACGAACGCAUUGUGAUGAAAGUGACUUUGUGGCAUAUGGAACUGGCCAACUUAGAGGCCAAGCCAAGGAUUGGUGGGACAACCUCAGAAACGAAAGGGGUGCUGAAACAAUAAGGGCGAUGACUUGGGAAGCUUUCAAAGUACCAUUCCUCAAACAUCAUAGCCCCAAGGCAGUGAUAAAUAAGAUAAAGGAAGAAUUCAUGCAAUUGAGGCAAAAGGGUGAAACCGUUGAUAAGAUUACGGGGAUGUUCAUGGAUAAGCUCAAGUUUUGUGAUGACUUGGUCAAAACUGAAGAACAGAAAAUUUAUUAUUAUCACACCAUGCUUAGGGCUGAAUAUAGGGAGUUCAUGACUCCCUCACAUUAUGAAAGCCUCACCGAUAUAAUCAAUGCGGCGCGGGAACGCGAGAUUGAACUAAAAAGGCAAGUUGAAAGAGGUGAAAGGAGGGCCUUGGAUGAAAACCCGAGUCCCACAAAGAAGCCAAAGGUAGCUGAAUCUUCGAAGAAAGGAAGUGCAAAAGGAGGAUCUCCGAGUUGCAAAACAUGUGGACACACUCAUAAAGGUGAAUGCUAUUUCAAGAACAAACCUUGCGUGGCAUGUGGCAAGAUAGGGCAUGGGGUUGCAAAUUGCCCAGACAAAGUAACGGUGUGCUAUAAAUGUUACCAACCGGGUCAUAAAAAGUCAGAAUGCCCGGAAUUGGUGGGAAAGAAAGAGAGUGCCGACUCUAGGGAUGAGACCCCAAAAGCUAAGGCAAGGUCGUUCCAAAUCACUGCUGCUGAAGCAAAAAUGGAACCUGACAUGGUUACAGUGGUCGUUGGAAUGGAUUGGCUAUCCCGCUACCAUGCUAAGGUGAUAUGCUUACGUAAGGAGAUACACCUAACGUCUCCGAGCAGAAGGCGUGUCAUCAUCUAUGGGGAGAAGGCUUGUAAUCCCAUGAUAUGCUCGAUGAUAGAAGCCCGCAAGUUUAUACUACACGGGUGUAAGGCAUAUCUAACUUAUAUACGUGACGUCGAAAAAGAAACGCCAAGAAUUGAAGACGUACAUGUGGUGCGUGAAUUUAAAGAUGUCUUUCCCGAAGAUCUUCCGGGAAUGCCACCAGAGCGCGAAAUAGAGUUCGGGAUUGAACUGACCCCGGGUGCUAAACCGGUUGCUAAGGCACCGUAUAGAUUGGCACCUUCAGAACUGCAAGAGUUAAUGUCUCAGUUGCAAGAUUUACUAGAGAAGGGAUUCAUCCGGCCUAGCGUGUCUCCUUGGGGAGCUCCCAUGCUCGAUAGAUCGGUGAUUGUUUUUAUAGACGACAUCCUCGUUUAUUCAAGAAACGAGGCGGAGCACGCUAACCAUUUACGAGAAGUAUUGGAGGUGCAAUUCCUAGGGCACGUCAUCAGUGCCGAGGGAAUAUUGGUGGAUCCGUCGAAGGUGGAAGCGGUGUCGAAAUGGAGCCCUCCAAAGAAUCCAUCCGAAAUUAGAAGUUUCUUGGGGUUGGCAGGUUACUAUCGGAGAUUCAUUCAGGAUUUCUCCAAAAUUGCAACGCCAUUGACCAAAUUGACCCGCAAGAAUGAGAAGUUCGUCUGGGGAAGCGAUCAAGAAAAGGCAUUUCAGACAUUGAAGGAAAAAUUAACCUGUGCACCGGUGUUGACUUUACCGGAUGGUACGGAGGAUAUGGUAGUGUACUCGGAUGCAUCGCACCUAGGCCUUGGGUGCGUACUAAUGCAAAGGGGAAGGGUGAUCGCCUAUGCCUCUAGGUAA